AUGAUGAGACGUCUUGUGAAAGUUAAAUUCUUGGUAGGGAGGAACAUGCCGUUUUCUCCUGUUGCCUGUAUUGCCACAAUGGGACCUCUCUUACAGGCUUCAUCAUUAUCACGUGGUGGGGCUGAUAAUAUGGGGAAUGGUAGCAGCAAUACUGUUGGAGAAAGGCAUACAUCGCGUCGACCCAAACGAGGAAAUAACAUCAGCGGUAAAAAUGGUCCUGUUAAGGAUCGUUUCCCGCCUCUGUUAACAGAUCUUAGUGACCCGAGACGUAGAUUGGCACUCCUUGUGGAUGCGUCUAGUGUUACACCCCGUGUAUUCCGCAACACAAUUUUACCAGCAGCGCAGAAAGUUGGUGUGCCUGUUAUUGUGCGUGUUUUUGCAGUUCAACUGAGUAGUGAAUGGGAAUCUCUUGUAUCUGGCAAUGAUAUCACAAAAAAAGGUAACAUAGAUGAUAACAACAAGAGUAGUAGUAGUAGUUGCAGUUGCGUUGACCGAGGUGAUGUUAAUGAUACUACAGGAACGGAACAAGAGACAGGAGUGACAUCUACAGCGUUACGUUGUCCACCGGUGGAAUUCUUCCGUGUGGAACGUUUUAUUCCUAUUUCUAUGCAAAUGGAAGCGGAUGCUAAUCACAUCUUUGACUUUAGACGCCAGAAUAAAGUUGAGGCGAUAUGUUUUGUAUGUGGUGAGGUGGAUCGAGGAGUGUUUGAGGGUUUUCUCACUAAUAUUGCUGGUAACGGUUUUAAUCAAUAUGUACUAGAUGAACUUGGCAUGGCAAAGGAAGUACUUGAGGAUGGUCGGUCUGCGAAUGGAGCACCGUAG